UUAACUCCAUGCGGACUCACCCUUCACAGUGCAAUCCCUGAUGGAGGUUCCGCUCCUGAUUGUCCUGGGCUUGCUUCUAGCAGGCCUAGCAGCCCCUGCCCACGUCCACCUGAACCAGAUCAGUAGCUUUCCCUGGGAUAGCUGAGACAAAGGGAAAGAUCCUGUGGUGAUCAGAAGCCUGUCUCUGGAAGCUGACCAGUUUUUUUCCGUUCCUGGGAACGUGAUCGUCAGUGCUGAGGGCAAGACCAGUGUCCCCCUCAAAUAUCCUCUGAAGGUGGAAUUAACUGUAGAGAAGGAAGUGGCUGGCUUCUGGGUCAAGAUCUUAUGCAUGGAACAGAUUGGCAGCUGUGCCUAUGAAAACUUCUGUGAUGUGCUUGAUACUUUCAUUCCCCCUGGGGAGCCCUGCCCAGAGCCCCUGCAUACCUAUGGGCUUCUUUGCUACUGUCCCUUCAAAGAAGGCACCUACUCCAUGAGUGAGUUUACUGUGCCUGACCUGGAGCUGCCCAGCUGGCUCAGCACCAGAAACUACCACAUUGAGAGCAUCCUGAGCAGUGGAGGAAAGUGUCUGAGCUACAUCAAGAUUGCUCUCUCCCAUCCUGGCUAA